AUGUAUUCAGCGGCGGGAACAUGUGUUCGGACACCUGUCGGUGAUACUCAGUAUUUUCCAGUUGAGGUAGGGCUUCAUCAAGGGUCGGUAUUAAGCCCCUUGCUUUUUAUAAUUGUAUUGGAUGUGAUUACUCGUGACAUUCAAGCUCCUAUACCUUGGUGCAUGCUUUUUGCUGAUGAUAUUGUAUUAGUAGCUGAGUCUCGGACCGAGGUUAAUGUCAAUCUCGAACGGUGGCGUACAUCGCUAGAGGGUUAUGGAUUGCGAUUGAGCCGUUCUAAAACUGAGUAUUUAUGGGCCAAUUUCAGUGAGGAGAUUCAUGAGGAGGAUGUAGCUGUAUGCAUCGCGGAGGCCCGUGUACCACAAACGAAUACUUUUAAAUAUUUGGGUUCGAUCAUUCAGAGUAAUGGUGAUAUUUCUGCGGAUGUGACUCAUCGUAUUUUGACAGGAUGGUUACGCUGGAGGUCUGCUACUGGUGUGUUGUGUGACAAAAAUGUACCGUUGAAGUUGAAGGGUAAAUUUUAUCGGGUGGCAAUUAGACCGUCAUUACUAUAUGGUUCUGAGUGUUGGCCAUUGCGAAAAGUUCAGGAGCGUCGACUAGAGACAGCAGAAAUGCGCAUGUUGCGUUGGAUUUGUGGUAACACCAUGACAGAUCAUAUACCGAGUGUUACUUUUCGCCGUCUUUUAGGUGUUGAGCCUAUCUCUAAGAAAAUAAGGGAGGGGCGUUUGCGUUGGUAUGGACAUGUUAGGCGUAAAUGUAAUUCAGUGCCGGUUCGAAGAGUUGAACACUUAUCGGUUCGGGGCAAGAGAAAGAGAGGUCGGCCCCGUCGCACGUGGUCUGAUCAAUUAAGUUUGGACUUGGGAGCCCUAAAUCUCACGGGGGAUAUGACAUUUGAUAAGAAUGAUUGGCGACGGCGUAUUAAAGUAGUUGAGACUCGGUCUCGUGGUUUACAGAGGUUUUAA